GUUUGGGUGGCUGAGUAAUUGUCCUGGUGCCUAAGUGAUGAGUGGAAUUCUUUACUGCAGGAAGCAUCACAUCAAAAAUAUUCCAGCGAGGGGAGGAUUUAAAUAAAAGGGAGCCGAGUCCUGGAGGCAGAGCAUACAGCAGCUCCAAGCAUUCAAGAGACACACCAGGCUCAGCUUAUCGAGACGAGAAUCCAAGAUGCUGUGCCGAUUGCACCUGACAGGCCCUCAGAGCUCCUUGCGAAGCCGAGGUUUAUGGCCCCGGACCAGUUCGCUCUUUGAGGAGCUGGAGCGUGAGAUGGACGCUAUGUGGGAGCUCCUGACCAGCAACUGGCGACCCACAACCACCAGCAUGGUCAGUCACGAAACCAUCCACAGCUUGGAGACACCAAGCGCCAAUGACACCUUUGCGGUGACUCAAGAUAUGGCUGGAUUUGACCCCCAGGAACUGGUGGUGAAGCUGGUAGGGGAGAAAGUGGUUCUGACGGGCAGGAAGGCCACUGAGAUGCCCAGUGGACCUUUUCGCUACGAACUCUUCCGGAGGGCGUGGGACGUGCCCCAGAGCGUGGACCGAGAUCGGCUCAGUUGCUCCAUCUCCAGCGACGGAGAGCUGCGCAUCGAAGGUCCCGUGACAGAAUCAGCCAUGAGGACGGUGCCUAUCGCGGUCAACCGAGUGAGAAACGAACCUCAACCAGCAGCUGAAGAAUCCACACGCACAGAAGACAGCCGGGCUCAGGGAUGAAGGAGGCUGGACGGAAGAGACUUUUUAAAAACGACGUUGCUGAGAACCUUAAAGAAAAAAAUGCACUGCUAAUAAAUAUUUUAGAUAUGGAAUUAUACGCCCUGCGGGGGUGUGAUCAGUUCUCAAAUGAAAUGGUGGGGGGUGGGGAUAGGUAGCAGAGUUGGAGAGAAUUAUUUCAUUUACCAGAAUUCUCAUGGAAAGAAUUUGCGAUGUAGAAUAAUUAAAGGUGAUAUGGACAUGUUGGUCAGUCGUGGUAAAAGGGUUUUGGAAAGAUUGUUUCAGUCCAAUAUUUAUAUUUUUGCUGCUCAGUCAAAAGGUUGCCAGCUUUUCCUUUUUUAAAAGUUUUUUAUCAGCUUUGUAAACAGUUUUACCUACUGAAUAGACCACUCCCAAUGUCUAAGCAUUCGAUUUAAUUUGCUUUUGGGGUAAGAACCUGAUCAGAAAGUCUUUUAUAAAGGAGGAUGGGAAGAAGUUGAAAAGGGGUUUACUUUAGUUAAUGAAGAAAAAAAAUCAGAAUAGUCCCAUUUAUUCAGCCCAACAUCCUUCCUUUGCCAAAACAGACAAUACAGUACUGGAGCAGUUAGCAAUGGAUAACAUUUCUUUGAAGGGUAAAUUGAGAAGCAGAUUUGAAUCCUAGCUCUCAGAUGAAUAUUGGAGAUUGUCUGAAUGUAAACUGGGAAUUCUCUGUAUGUUUAAGCAGGACUUUGCUAAGGGGAAUCCAUUUCCUGAAAAAGCAAAUAAAUAAAUAU